GUGAUAUGGGUGCAUGUUUCUUCUUCCAGAAUCCUGAAGAACUAUUGGGAACAGCAUAAGAACAAGGAUUCAAAAUUGACUGCAAUCUUCUAUGUCUAUGGUACAUGUAAACAUGCUGAAACUGGACAGGACAUGUGGAGGCAUUGUCUCAUUCGAGAAGAGGAGCUGGAAUCACGGCGGCCCUCCUUCUCUGAGGUCCUUUCAGAGUACAUAUAUAGUCUUCAGCGGACCAGACUACCUGACUCGAAUGGGCUCUUUGCAGCUGACUAUCAGCAAUUCAAGGAAUUCUCUGACAUUACUCAAGUGAAAUGGUUUGCAGUGAACAGACACCCUGAGGCAAUUCCCUACAAAACUCAACAUGCUGUUCCUGUUACAUCUGUAAAGACAAAUGGCCAUGCUGCUGUGGACAAUCCGAAGCCUCAACCUGAGCCUGUUCGGGUGUCAACCAAACCCAAGACUGGUAUUGCACAGAUGUUUGCUCAGCUGCAUUCUCUAGAUGAGAAGAAGGAGGGGGUGAAAGAAAAGGGGGACAAGAAGGGAAAAGAAGAGGAGAAACUGAAGCUAUCUAAUGAGACCAAAACAGGGAUCAUGGCCCUAUUUGGCAAGCAUAGCUCAGUUGCCUCAAGGAAGGCCAAGAAGGACAAAGAGACAACAGAGGAGGAAGUGUCAAAGGAAGCAGCUGCCAAGGCUGAGGGAUUAACAGAGGUGAGUCAACCUGAACAUACAAUUCCUAGGAAGGAAGAGAUGCCUGAGAAGCUUUGGAGAAAUCCUGAAAACAAGAGAAAGCAAGAGAGAGAGAAGGAAGAGAGUGAUGAAGACCCUAUUCCCAAACAGAAGAAGCACCAGGUAGAGAAAGACAAGGCCAAGGAUAAGGAGCCCGCAAUGAAGAAAAAGCAUCGCCGGAUGUUCAAGUUGUCACUUCAGAGGAGAUCUCAGAGGUCUCAGGCCUUCCUCCAGGAUGGAGUCGAAAUUCCCACUGGGAAGAAGCUUCGGUCAAUCUCAGAAGUGAAGAAAUAUGCAGCUGAGAAUGAUCUGGAGUUGGACAUGGCUACCUUUGUGUUUUCCCCUGGCAAAGACCGGACGAGGAAGACUCUGAGCAACACCCAGGAAUCAUCUUCUCCAAAGAAAGGGCUAGAUACAGAGAUGGACUCAGAAUCCCCUAUCCCAAGAAAGAAUGGGAAGAGGAAGGCAGGAACCCAGGCUGUUGAGUCAGAUGGAGAGGAUGAUGUGAUACCAGCUACCCCACAAGUUGCUGCACGGGUUGAGACUGGGUCAGGUGAGAAACGCCAUGUCCGGGUCAUGAAGAAGGUUGACAAGACCUACAUGGAUGACGAGGGAUACCUGGUGACCAAGAGGGUGAUGGAGUCGUGCAGUGAGUCAGAGGACGAAGAAGACCCCCUGCCGACAAAGAAGGUGGAGGAGGCACCAAUGAAGGGAGAGGAGGCAUCGUCCCCAAAGCGGAACCUCCGCAAGCAGGCAUCCAUAACAUGCUUCUUCAGGAAAAAGUGA